AGUAAGGUGGACAAGCUUCUUCAGGUCGUACGACAAAUCUUCAUUCUGCAACAUGCAAGCUGCUAUGGAUAUUUCGGCAAGGUAUUGCCAAAAAGAAUUGGAGGCCUAUGGGUCAUGCGUAGCCUCAAACCCAUCGAAAUGGCAGCAAAUGUGUCAUGAACUAAAAACGAAGGUUGCAAAAUGUACAUCCUCUCAUCCAGUGAUCCAGAAGAUCAAACAAGACUGUUCUCAAGAGUUUGUGAAAUUUGAACAAUGUCUGAAAGAAUACCAGGAUACCCCUAACACUUGUACAGCACAAAUGUCUCGAUUUUUGGGCUGUGCAGAAACAGUGGACAUCAGUGGAAUAUCCACGGAUCCAGCACAGCAGCCAUCGUAGAUUCAGCAUCAUCAUCAUCAGACGUCAUCGGUGUCCUCAUCAAUACAGAUUGGAUGAUUUCACAUCCACUUACUCCACCAUGUCACUGUAUGUACAGGGACUACUUAAAUACCUGUUCUCGGUGCUUAAUAUGACCACUGGAAAAUAUAAGUGCUUGCAGCACUAAACGUUUCAACGUUUUAAAUGACUAUUUUUGCUCUCAUUCUGUUCUAUUCAACGUUAUUGAUUUUUUUUUUUAUAUAUAAUAAAGUAUGGCUUGCUCAUUCUUUUUAAUUACUACACCAGUUUACAACAUUGAUUUAAGCCUUCCGUUACUCAUUUGGUGUUAAAAUCCUCUGCUGUUUUUAUCUUGUUUUUGUCAGUUCCCCUCACUGUUGGCUUCUCCAGGUCUGAGUCAUAGUCAAAUAUUAAACUGGAAUGUAUUGCUCCCACACAAAUUCUACCAGUACUCACUAUCCAGUCACUGAAAAAUAGGGAGUCUGGGAAGAAAGGAAAAAGAGGAGGCUGUUCACCUCUAAUCAGCUGGACUACUGAGAGAGACACAGGGAGGAUGUUGAGUUAUGAACUCUGUGACCACUGAGCAGAACAGACACUUUCCGGUUCAGUUAUUAACGUUUUUGGUUCAUGUCAAAUAAGCAAGUGAUCAGAGUAUCAUCAUUUAUUGUACUUAGGACAAAUAAGGCAAUUUUACUUCAGAGAUAAAACAGCAGUUUGUAUUGAAGAUACAGCAACAAUAAUUCCAAAGCACAUCACCUUGCUGUCACUGAACAAAAUAGUUAAGAACUCAUCUAAUACCACACAAAUAAGUUACAUUCACAAUAACAUCACUGUAAAAACACCAUGAGUCUGUUAUCAGAAUCAAAUAUUAUUUCAUAAAAGAAUAUCCCAGGCUGUAGCUGAUCACAAACAUCUAAAUGAGAUUGGUAUCAUCCUAUUCCUAUUUUAUUCUGCACCAC